AUGGCGUCUACCGAUUUCUUAUUCAUCGAUACCUUCCUACGACACUACCCGUCUGUUCGUCAACAAAUUGUGGACUAGACUUUGGGCCCAAACUAUGACGUCAGCAGUGGCCCGACUCCAUACUGAGAUGUUGGACAAGCUAAGAUCGGAGGCUCAAAAAUCAUACCCAAAGGGAACAGGCUCCCGAACCGGAGGCUAGAGCUCCGGAUCAAGGCUCUAGCAAGGACGAAACAUCGAAGUCGGGUACGAUAAAUACGUAUAGAGUGGAUUCUUCUCUCGGGCCAUCCGGCAGCGGCAGACGUUCUCCGGAAAUCAUUCGUAGCCAUUUUUGUAGAGACGAUCUCGUCGGCUCUGACGAUCUCAUCGGCUCAAAAAGUACCUCGAAGACUCAAAACGUACUUCGACAGCUCGAGAUGCCCUAAGGGCUCAAGGUUUUAUGGCAUUGUCUUCGCCUCGUUUUUAUUAGGAAUUGUCUUCUACACCAGUCUUGCCUAUUAG